CAAAAAAAUAAAUAAAAAAUAAAGUGUCAAGAAUUUUUGUGUUGCUUUUUAUUUUACUGGACAUUUUAAUUGAUUUUGAUUUGAUAUUAAUAGGGGAAUAACUGAUCAAAAUGCCGACCCAAGUGGAACAGAAGGUCAUUGACCCUGAAGCUGAACUCAGCAAUGUCCAGAGGAUGUUUCAAAAGCUGGCACCGAUGUGCAGCGUGGAGAAGCGGGCCUUGGGUAUACCGCAGCUGGCACCGCAGGAGAAGCAGCUUGGCAUCCUCGCCAGCGAGCUGAAGGAGACCAUGCUAUGUAUCAACUUAGCGAAGAAAGGCCAACAUGCUCUGCGCGACUACAAUGUGAAGACUGGCAUGAAGAAGUCUAUAGUAGAGUACGAGCAUUUGGAGACGGUGUUGAGAGACGAGCGAGCUCAACAGGCAGAGUUAGAUUGUCUGAACUAUUUAGCUCAGAAACAAAUGGUGGAACUGUUGAAGAAGGUCCCUACAGAGGCUGACGAGCUGGCAAUGAUAGAAAACGCGAACAACUGUCUUCGCCGAAUGGAAAACAGACUGGAUUUAGCCACGAAAAGGUUUUGCGUCGUCAAUUCGGAUAACAAGAAGGUGCGAGAGGAAAUACACAGGUUGCUUGUAGAAAGAAACGACUUUAACAUCCAAUGGAACCGUACGAUCGGCAAGCUGGUGAAAGGCAAAGAGUACCUCAUGGAUAUCUUCGAGAUAGCUGCCGUGGCCUUCGGGGACCGUGAUGAGUGCUGCAGGAAACUCGAGGCUCUGAAGUGGAAGGGGCUCUUCCAGCUGAACAGGGAUAUUUCGGAAAUGCAAUCUUACGAAGGGGAACUGAACCACUUGGCGAAGCUCGAGGAAUUUCUGCGAGUGAAGGGUUCUAGAAGGAUCUGCGAGGCUGAUGAGAAGGAGGAGAUCAAGAGGCAGGACGAGGUGCAGCGGUGCGAGAACGAGAUAGCGCGAUACGACGCGCUCUUGGAGGACAUAUUUCAAUACGUGAACACGGAUAAAGUGUCGGCCAUAGUGAAUAUGUUCACCAGAACGGAGAUUGAGAACUUCUCCACGUUCGUGCUCCUCUGCGAGGUGCUUCAGGAGUCCAUUAUUAUACGAAGAGAGCUGGAGGUCUUGAGGCAGAGGAUCUUGGACCAACGCGACAUAAACGAAGCCAGAGAAGAGAUGCAAAUCAAGAAACUGACAGAGGUGACAGCUGCAUUGGAUAUCCAGCGCACGCGCACCAGAGAAAUGCAAGAGCUCAAUAUGAACACUGAUGCGACCAUCUUGAAGGUUUUGAAGGGAAUUGACGAUCUAGCCAGAUUAGCAAAAUGUGAUGUGACGCCAUUGCUCUCGCUGUUGGGAAACCACAAGGAGGUGACUAGGUGGAACGUGCCCAAGUUCCUGCGCAUUCUGGAGGCUGAAGUCAAGAGUCUCAUCGAGGUUUGCUAUGGCGCUGUGAAGCCUCCAGCUCCGACGCCAAAGGGGCGGAAGGGUCCCGCCGCCCCACCGCCAACGAAACUCGUCGCCGAUCCAUUCGUGACAGCUCUAAAACCGAAUAGAAUCGAGAAAUUAGUGCCAUACCAACCAUGCGCCUAUUGCGUUGAAGACUACAUAAUGAAUUUGGUCUUUGAGACGCCUGCUGUGCCAGCUGAUAAGGAAUAUGUCGAUGGAAUAUUCCAGUUGGAGGACAUCAAUACCAAAUUUGGAAUAUUCACGCUCACUAUACCCGCCAAACGCCAUCCAUUAAGAGGGUCGAAGAAAGAAUAACUAGACGGAGAUGUUCUUUAGUUACUUUGCUAGACUGCUAGAAGUAUGUAAGGCCUGAUAUACCAACACUAUUGGCCAAGACGAUGGAGAAUCGAAGUCAAUUACGUUAAAAAAAAAACUUAAAAUGCUUGGAUUCACCAUGACCAUGGCCGAUAGUCUGUAUCUGGCAUAAGGCAUCCGCUACGUGACACUCCCACACAGUACAUACGCUCUUGAUAUUUUUUAACAAUAAAGUUAUUAUUUUUAAUAGAUUACUUAUUCUCUUUUCGAUAGUUGUUUUUUCUACGCAAAAGAACAAGAAAUUCCAAAAAUAUCCGUCCAAUUUUUAUCAUCACCAAAAUGAGUAGAGAGAGCCGAGUGUGUAAAAUGAAAAAGUAGUUUUUUAUUGGCAACAAGAGGUAAUUUAACUAUUUAUUUUAUUACUGAAAUUUCUUUUGCGUAAAUCUAAUUUUGGAGGAGAAAAAUGUCAAAAUACGAAACUUUUUAUUAAUUUUGAUGCUUUGUCUUUAUCGCAGCGUGACAGCUACCACGGACAGCUACAGUUCCCAUGUUUCCAAUGCGAAUACGCGUUACGCAUCGGACGCGUUAACGUUCGUUGUCUCAUUUUAACGUAACUUUACCUUAUAAUUUGUUAUAAUUUUAUUGUUUUAAAACUUGUUAAUUUUCCACUUAAUGACAUUAAAAUUAUGAGUCCAAUUUUGUUAUUGUUCUCUGAGUAGGUAAACUGCAUAAUAAUUUAUCUUUUAGGUGUUAAGUCAUUUAAUUCAAAGGGCAGUUACACACCUACCGCCUUAUUAAUAAACAUUUAAUUCUCUGAUUAGGCUUGGAGUAGUAUGUCUUUGUUUUGUCCCUCUCUCUCUUUUC